AUGUCGCUAAACUUUUUGCCAGGACGUCCAAAUGAUACUCCUCAGACGGCUUGUCAAGCAACAUGGCAAAACCAUACCAUCUUUGCAUAUUGUUCAGGGAAUAAUUUGAUCAUACUCUCAAACAAAUUCACCAGGUUACAGACCAUUUAUACUCAAUCGGACUGUACUGCUGUUGAUAUCAACGGUCAGAACGGGUUCAUUGCUCUUUCUUUCCACAAUAGGGUACUUAUCUACAAGCCCAUACAUCAAAUCAUGCAGAACCCCAAAUGGACUCAAUGCUGUCAGUUGUUCCAUGAUGAUACUCCAGUAAAUUGCCUGAGAUGGUCUUCCGAUAACGAACUAGCCAUUGGGUCUGAUUUUCUUUCUUUUUGGAAGAUUAAGGAUAAUUUUGGUGUAUAUCAACCUGUCUUGCAGUGGAACCAAAAACAACCUAAACCCGUCUACAAUGUAAUCAUUUCACAGGAUUCGCAGGUGAUAGUUAGCGUUGGAAAAUAUGACUGCAAUGCCAAAUUGUGGAAGCGCGUUUCGAUAGUUGGAGAACAGGUUAUCUUUAAUUUAACCAUGCUCGCUCACCCGAAGCCUAUAACUGCAAUGCGGUGGAAGAAAGAGCCGGAUGAAGCAAAUAGGAACAAUACAGCCUCUCAGGCUCUCUAUACACUGGGAGAAGACAAAGUGCUGAGAAUAUGGUCUUGUUUUGAAAUGGACAAGAAUCAUACUGUACAGAUAUGGGGUGAAGUGCCUCUUUCCCCUACGCAAAAAUUUUGCGUAAUAAUAGAUAAUUGGAUUUUGAGACACAGUCUGAGUAAGGAAAAUUUCGAAGGCUCUGGUGUGUCUGAUUCAGAUAUUGUUAUUCUGGGCUCGCUGACGGGAGACUUGGAAAUUCUAGCCUUGAAUAACCUUUCCCAAGAUCCACCUAAGCCCAUGGCUAAAAGAACUAUUUCACAUAAGAAAGUUAAAAAGGCAACCAUGUUAAAUGACACCAAAUAUUUAUAUUUCUCUGAAAUACAACCUUACGAUGAUACAGAGGGUGAAGUCUCCUUUUUGGUUCAUGAUUUACAAGGUGUAAUAAGACAUUUAUUGAUCGACCUUUCGCAGCUCAUAAGCAAUACAAGCGAUCAUAUGACGACAGUAUUGGAGCACAAAUUUACGGGACAUAAUAAAUCCGUGCAGAAGUUGGUGAGAAGUAGCGACGGUGAAGCACUAUUGACUACUUCAAGAUUCUCAGAAAAUAGCGUUUGGUACCCGCAAAAGUUGAGUCACGGUGUUUCCUUACGCUUACAAAAUACAAUACAAACCGAGUCUCCGAUAAAGUUUGCAGUUGUACAUGAAUUAGGUAAACUGGUCAUCUGCUUGCUCGAAAAUGGGCUCCUGCAAGCCUGGGAGUGCCCGACGAAUCGUAAAGAGGAUAGUGAACAGAAACAAUCAUAUUUACGUGCAGAAACUAGAUUGAAAAAGGACAAAUCAAUUCAUCCAAUUGUCAUGCUAAAUACCCCUGAGUUACAGCAUAGUCAUGAGCGUCAUUUUACCGCAUUGAUUUUCUCUAACGGUUCAAUCAAAGCAUAUGAAGUUUCCUUGACACGCGGCAUUUUUGAAGUCAAAUCUGACUCUUUGGAUGUUGACGGUGAUGAUAUAUACAGGAUAUCUAUUAUUGAUCCUGUUCAUCAGACUUUUUUCAGUAACAGGCCUCUCAUUUCCUUGAUCACUAGAAAGGGUCUUACUAGAACAUAUAAAGCCAUUGUCAAUUACAAGGGUAGGCACGUUCAGUGGAUCAAGGCCUGUGAGAUUAAUACUGGAAUAGCAGAUUCUACGUGUAUCAGAGGAUCAUCUACAGGCAAGUUGUGUAUCGUCAAUUUUACUGGUAAAGUGAUGUCGUUAUGGGAUUUGAAUAGGGGAGUUCUUGAAUACGAGGAAACAUUUGAUGACACCAUCGAAGAUAUAGAUUGGACAAGUACUGCAUAUGGUCAAAGUAUUGUUUCUGUUGGAUUUACGGGAUAUGCUUUACUGUAUACUCAACUGAGAUAUGAUUACACGAAUAACACACCUAGUUAUUUGCCUAUUGAAAAAAUCGAUAUUACAGCUCAUACGGCCCAUAAUAUUGGCGACUCUGUCUGGAUGAAGAAUGGGACCUUUGUAGUUGCCUCAGGAAAUCAGUUUUAUAUCAAGGAUAAAUCUUUAGACUUGAGUGACCCAUUUACUUAUCAGUCUAUUGGUUCAAGGAAAAUUUUAUCAAAUGAUAUACUCCAUUUGAGUAGUGUUUUGAAUGGUCCACUACCGGUUUAUCAUCCACAAUUCUUAAUUCAGGCCAUUUAUGCCAAUAAAUUGCAACUCGUUAAGGAGCUACUGUUAAGAUUGUUUUUAGCGUUGAGAAAAUUAGAUUUUGGAUCACAGAAUGUGUCAAACCUAGAUUCCAACCUAGGGAUGGAUCCUCUAAAGUACUUUAUUGCCAAGGAUAGGGACUACCCAGUGGAAACUUUCCCUGAUCCAUACCCUUGCUUCAAUAAGACUGUAUCUGCAGCGCUUACUGGACAAUUGACUAAAACAACUUUACCUUAUCUGACUCGUCAUCAACAGAUUACGCUUAUUACAGUCAUUGAGGCAGUGGAUGAAGUUAUUAAAAAUGAAAAGGUGGUGGAUUACAACGGUGUUAGGUUUUUGUUGGGCGUAAAAUUAUUUUUGUCCCAUAAAAACAUCCAAAAAAGUAUUCUAAUGAGAGAUGUGUCAUGGGCUUUACAUUCAGACAAUAAAGAAAUAUUAUUAUCUUCUAUUGACCGCCAUAUAACUUCAUGGAAACGUGCCCGUGAAUAUAAAAUAGCUUACUGGAUUAAGGAGCAAGACUUAGUGAAGAAAUUCGAAGAUGUCGCAAAAUAUGAAUUCUCCAAAGACGAUAGGAGGGACCCAAGUCGGUGCGCUAUAUUUUAUCUUGCUUUGAGGAAAAAACAGAUACUGCUAAGCUUGUGGAGGAUGGCCAUUGGUCAUCCCGAGCAGCAAAAGAUGGUCAGGUUUAUCAGUAACGAUUUCACCGUGCCUAGAUGGAGAACGGCUGCACUUAAAAAUGCCUUUGUUCUGCUUAGUAAACAUAGGUAUAUGGAUGCGGCAGUGUUUUUUCUCUUAACAAACUCUCUAAAGGAUUGUGUCAAUGUCCUUUGCAAGCAAGUAAAUGACAUGGAUUUGGCAAUAGGUGUAUGUCGUGUUUAUGAAGGUGAUAAUGGACCCGUGUUGGGAGAGCUAUUGACCACGCAAAUGUUACCUGAGACAAUAAAAGAGAAUGAUAGAUGGAAAGCGAGCUUUAUUUACUGGAAACUAAGAAAGCAAGAAGUUGCCAUUAAAGCUUUGAUGACGGCUCCGAUCGAUUUAGAAAACAACUCGGAUGUUGUUGAUAAGGAAGCUUGUGUGAACAGAUCAUUUCUUGUUGAAGACCCCGCUCUGCUUUAUUUGUACAACCACUUGAGAAACAGAAACUUGAAGUAUUUUAUUGGAUCUCUUAAUGUUGAAGCCAAAAUUGAAUGUACUUUGAUUUUGAGGGUUACUGAUAUUCUUUGUCGUAUGGGCUGUAAUUAUUUGGCGGUUUCCCUUGUGAAAAAUUGGAAAUUUAUCGAAAGGAAGUCCAUACCCGUUCAAAAUCUACUAGAGAGCCCUGUACAGGAUAGAACAUAUUCCGCUAUUGGUGCUAUGGCAUCCGAGCCAAUUUCAACUGCCAGGAUGAGACCUAGUCUUUUUGAUAAAUUCGGCUCAUCCAAUGCAUCAGAUGUGGAGCAUCUCAAACCGAACGCUACAUUGCCAAAUAGCCUAUUAGACGAAUUCUUGCAACCGCCACCGAGUAGUUCAUCAUCUACUUCCCUUGUUAAAGGUCCUUCUUCUGCACCCAGGAGUAUAUUGGAUGAGUUUGCGUCACCUUCCUCUUCUCAGCACAAGGAGAACGUAAUUCCAAACACGCUAAAUGAUAAGACAGAAAGCUUAGAAAACGAGAGCGAGAAAAGCUCUAAAAAUGUGUUAGGCAACUUCUCACUCCAAGAGCCGCAGAAGCCAAAAAAAUCUGCCAUGGCAAAAAACUUACUGGAUGACUUUGUGUGA